ACUUAAAAUGAGAGUCCUAUACAGUAGGUUGACAAAAGCAAAAAGAUGGCAGGAAAUGUUUUUAAAACGGGCUAAAAAUACUGACACUCUGUUUAUUAUACGGUUUAUCGGACAGAAAAAUAAAUCUCUUUGAUAUAUGAAUUUUUUAACAAGAAAGAAACCUGUCGUACUUUUGAAGUUAGGAAAUGUGGCUAGAAUAAUAAUAUAAUAAUAAUAAAAGCGUUAAACAUCUUUCGUCAAUGUCGAUAGCAGAGCUAGGGACAAAGACCACUGAAUGCUUGCAUGUCCUCGUGCUAUACAUAUUAGACUCUUCUUUUUUCCUUUCCUUUUUAUCCGUUCAUAUAAUCACAUUAGCAUUCAAAACCAUGAAACAAACAAUAUUCAUCAAGGGUAAAGGAGCAAAACUAUCACAUACAUCGCAAAACAUACUACUGUGCGCCAUUCAAGCAUUCUAACUAGUUUCUAGGUGUCCUAAACACAAAAUUAUCUAUGUGUUCUGAUAUUUAAGGGGAAAUCAAGCAUUUUAGGUCCUCAUUUUGACGCAUCCGAAUUCUCAUGGUUUGUCACCUGUACCAAUUCCAAUAUGGGAUUUAUUCCAAAAGUGUUGGGUAGAUUUGGCAAGUAAAAUUUCCUUCGAAGAUUUUAAGUAAUGGUUCGUGUAAGAACUACGGUACCCUGCGGCAACGCAUGCGCAGAAGUAGCUAUAAAACUUCAGUAAAAUCCUGCCCUCUGAUUGGCUAAAAUACAUCUUCGGGUGUUUUCCGUAUCUUAUCCAUUGAUUGACAAACAUUUAAAUUAAGAAUAAAACAAAGGUUGCAUUGUUACGACUUAUCCCCGAGUUUUGUCCGAAUCGUAUGUUCGGAAGUUACAUUUCCGACCUCCUCGAUAUAUUAAGACAAGUCUCUCGCUAUUCAUUAUCUCUUCGAAAAUAGUUUGAAAAUCCAUUGUAUAUACUUUAAAGAAACGCUUCUGAGUUCUGUUUGCUUGCAAACUUUGUCCGAGAAGUUAGAAAAGCUUGUUAUGGUGCUCAAAAGGCAGGCAUGUUGCUGCCCAAACCACGAAGCUUGGUGUGGCAGUAAGCCUUCAGAUGUGGAACAGAGGUCCCUGAGAAAGGCGAACAGAGCAGAGAAAGUUUUCUUGGAGCUAGAUGACAAAGGCAAAAAGGGCUGGUCUAGAAGCAAUUGUACAUACUGUCGACAGCGAGUCGAUUUGGAGCUUGGAAACAAACGCAUGAAAACUUCACACGAGAGCUUUAGAGAUGAAACUGCCUCAAGUUCCAGCGUGUUUUUCCAACCGGAAACCUCUGAGACCAGCGCCGCUGCUGAAGCCGCGUUAGAACCAUUCCAGGACAUUGAGGAAACCUCUGCACUAGGGCAAAUUUUGCCGUCAUCAGUUGAUGCUGUACGACUCAUGAAAGCAUCAACUAAACUAAGAGACAUAGAACUAAAGGACAUAGAACGAUGCAUUGAAGUAGAAGAUACGGCGUUUGGUGAAGCUAAAUUCUACCGCACUAACAGGCUUUUGGAAAUGUGAGACCGUAUUUUCACACGUUUAGCCAGCGGAAUGUUUGCUUUGGCAAGAGACAAAGCGCAAAAUUGUAAUAAGUGAAGUAUAAAAAGUUAUUAGCAGAUAUCCGAAAGGGAUUUCUCCAUGCUCCGAACAUACGAUUUUAACAAAAAUGCAAAGGUUGAAAGCUUUCUUACUUCGAACCUAAGCCCCCUAAUAAAUAUGAGUGCAAGAGCACUUAUUUCAGAGAAAUGUGACUCCAAAGUUCAAAUUUGGCGGGCAGAGCGUCUUGAACCAAUAAGCAUAGCAAUAUUAAUUAGAUUAGUUAAAAAGAUAACGAACCCCUAUUGCCGCAGGACCUAUCGAUUCACCGUAGUUCUUACACGGAGCAUUACUUAA